UGGAAGGGGAUAACGUGAACAUGAUACUUAUUGGUAAUACUACAUUCACGUUUACCGAGGAUAGUCACAGGUUGAACACGAACGAGAGCUGUCAAGAGGCGAAAUCGAAUUAUCCUGUUGGUGGCGAAGGUGAAUUGGAGAAUCCAGCCUACUUGCCCUUUCAAACGAUCACCAUAACAUCAGUACAACCGAAUCAAAAUGAUCUUGAAAAUGUCGAACCACAUUCACAGCAGCAGCCUUACGUAUUCGAUAAUAACUUUGUCCAAUAUAAUUAUUUCAAUCGGGAUUACUCGAAUUUAACAGUCUACGUGCACGAUCCAAACUUGCUCCCAGCCAAUAACCCCGAACAGCACAGUCACAACCGGGAAUGCUGUUUCUCUGAUAACAUUGAAAACUACCCAUUUUUCAGCAGCAACAAUCCAAUUGAUUUUCCGUUCAUGGAUCGCAGUAAAAUUGAGGAUGGCAUUCAUUACUUAUCUAAAGACGAAUCAGAUAGCCCUGAGUUUAUAGAUAUUAAUGCCCUUAUGAUUCCCAGCGAAUACCAAAGCUGUCUCACCAUAGACAAACCCACCAGCGCGGCUUCUUCCACUCAACCACCGUUUCCAGUACCACCAUUUCUUAAAAGAAAUAGGAAACCCAACACGAAAAACUACGGAAACCAUGAGGACAACGACGACGAUGUGAUAUUCGUACGGGAAUACAAGAAGUUCGAAAAGAAGGACGAGUCUAAAGUGUAUCCAGCGCCGAGAAGAAAUCCUAAACGACAAGUCCAGUUGCAAAAAAUAUCCUACGAACUAGCUGAAAAAAUGUCAAUGGACGAUUACUUCGAGAACAACGUUUACUGCAAAAAAGAAUAUUAUAUGGCUAACGCGAGACGAUCGUCAAGAGCUACUGGAGCAGUAUUCAGUCCACCAGAUCCUCUAUCCACGAACGAUUUUAAGAAAUGGCCAGUGGAUGGAAUGCACGAGAAACCUAGAUACAAUGCUGUUGCCAAAAAGUUAGAGAAAAUACACCAAGUAACGAAACAACCAAAGAUGAAAAUUCCUAAGACGACACAUAACCGCAGAAAGGUCCCAAACAGGCGAAGGAAGCCCAAAUUGAUUACCGUAGAAAAUGAUAAGGAAUUAGAAAAUGUGUCACAUCAAAUGUUGCAUUACGUAUUAAGUUACGUCCAACAGAUUAAAGAAUGCAAUGAAAUACUGAAAACAAAUGAAGCCGAUGCCAAGCGGAAUCUGAAACAUGCCGAGGAACUCAUGAAAAAUACAUCUUUGUUGUACUGUUUAACAACCGACACCACCGAAAGUAAUCUUGCAGAGUAUUUGCGUACUAUCGGUGAAAAGGAAAACGCUCACGACUUCCUUAUAAAUAUAAUUUCAGAUUUCGAGACUUAGCUGAUUAUAUAUAUAUUCUGCUAAAUAUCCUUGAUGUUAUUGGUUCUUUCUGUAGAGAAACUUUAA